AGAAAAUUCUAUGCUUACCUUUGCUUAACAUUGUAGACACUCAUUUAUAAGUACCUUGAGAAUUACUUUGUGCACAUCUGUUCACUUGAAGAGGUUUGGUGGCAAACCUUAAACAAAUUAUUUAUUGCAACUUGAGACAUCCCCAACGCUUACUUAGGUUUGUGGAUGAAAAGUGCGUCUUACAGAAAACAUGUCGAAGAAUAAAGUCUCACUGGAAUGGAAAAAGCGAGUUAAAAUGGAAUAUAUGAAGAUUCGCCAAAGCAAGCGUCAUAAAAAAGUUGACGAUGUUCGAUCCGCUUGGAAUCGUAAUCGGUAAUUGAAGCAGAAGCUUUUGAACUUAUUGGUUGCCGAAAAUGAUGGCUGGCUUUCUACGAAUGCGACUUGGGUGCAAUGUGAAGUGGAACAAUUACCGCAUGUGCAUUGCAUGAAAAAGGCGGAAGUGAUCGAUCAAGACGGAAACCAUCAGAACGUUCCAAUCCGAAUCGUGAAUGCUGUAACAACCAUACCGACAAUGUAUACAUGGGCGCCCACGCAACAAAAUUUUUUGGUGGAUGAUGAAACCGUUCUUCAUAACAUACCAUAUAUGGGCGAUGAGGUGCUAGAUCAAGAUGGUUCGUUCAUCGAAGAACUGAUUAAAAACUAUGAUGGCAAAGUGCAUGGCGAUAAGGAGGAUAGCAUAGAUGAUACUAUGUUUGUCGAACUGGUGCAUACAUUAAUGCAAUACAUCGUGAAGGAUACCAGUGGUGAGGACAAGCCGAUGCUACAUUCACGAGAAGCAACUGGAGAAAAAUCAGAAUUUAAAAAAAUUGAGGAACUUCCUACCAAAGUAGGUCGGCCAGGACCAAAAGAGACCGAUCAGGAAAAAAAUACUGGAAAUGUAGACAGCGGACAAUCAAACCAAGCCAAAUUGACAUUGGACUGCAGCGUAACCAAGCCACACACAGCGAGUAAGAAGCUUUUUCCACCGCCAAUAAUUUUCCAGGCUAUCAGUUCUCAUUUCCCGGAAAAUGGUACGGUGGAGGAACUUCGCGAAAAAUAUAUUGAGCUGACAGAACGCGUUGAUCCGGAAAGGCUACCAGAAUGUACUCCAAAUAUCGAUGGACCGAGAGCGGAAUCAGUAUCGCGGGAACAGACGCUUCACUCCUAUCAUACUUUAUUCUGUCGACGCUGUUUUAAAUAUGAUUGCUUUUUACAUCGCCAACAGACGGGUCCCAAUUUGCAAAGACGACGGUGGCCUGAAUUGAAACCUCCAAAUAAACCGUGCAGUGACAAAUGCUAUUUGCUCUUGGAUGGUAUUAAGGAUAAGUUAUGUACAGACAGUACCAGCAAAUCACCCGUAAUAUUGGAUUCCGGUAAUGAAGCAAGCUCUGAAGACAGUAACCAUAGUAGCCACUACAGCAAAGAUGUGCCGUUCGGAAAAUCUUCUAAGAAUGUUGGAAUUUUACUCGAAAUAUUUGACGAUAAAGAUAUACAAUGGAACGGUUCUGACAAAUCCUUUUUUCGCACGCUGCAAAAAACAUUCCUCAACAAUUAUUGUGCUAUAGCUGAAACAAUGGUGGUAAAAACAUGCCAACAAGUGUAUGAAUUCGCACAACAAGAAGCGGCUGAUUUUAUGCCAAUUGAACUGAACAAGGACAAUACUCCUCCUCGAAAAAAGAAGAAAAAGCACCGACUUUGGUCCGUACACUGUCGUAAGACACAGUUGCGUAAAGAAUCAAGCUCAAAUCAUGUGUACAAUUAUUCACCAUGUGACCAUCCUGGACAAUGCGACGCAAACUGCCCUUGUUACGGAGCACAAAACUUUUGCGAAAAGUUCUGCAACUGUAGCAGUGAAUGUCAGAACCGAUUUCCCGGUUGUCGGUGCAAGGCUCAAUGCAACACUAAACAAUGUCCUUGCUAUUUGGCUGUCCGGGAAUGUGAUCCUGAUCUUUGUCAAACAUGUGGUGCUGAACACUACGAGAUUGGUAAAAUAACUUGCAAAAACGUGAGCGUUCAGCGUGCAUUACAUAAACAUCUGUUAAUGGCUCCAUCUGAUGUGGCCGGAUGGGGCAUUUUUCUCAAAGAAAGUGCACAAAAAAACGAGUUUAUUUCAGAGUACUGUGGGGAAAUCAUAUCGCAGGAAGAAGCAGACCGUCGCGGCAAAGUUUACGACAAAUACAUGUGCAGUUUUUUGUUCAACCUUAAUAACGAUUUUGUGGUUGAUGCUACACGGAAAGGAAAUAAAAUACGGUUUGCAAAUCAUUCAAUAAAUCCUAAUUGCUAUGCAAAAGUAAUGAUGGUAAACGGCGAUCAUCGUAUUGGCAUAUUUGCAAAACGUGCUAUUCAACCAGGGGAGGAACUGUUCUUUGAUUAUCGCUAUGGCCCAACGGAACAGCUAAAAUUCGUAGGAAUUGAGCGAGAAAUGGAAUUUCUUUGAAUGGGUUAUACAGUUUAUGUCACCUUCCAUUUGCUUUUUUACUCAUUUUAACGACCAUAUUUUACAUACUAUUAGAGUUAAAGAUCAUCAGAUAAUGAUUAGGUAUUAUUAGAAAUAGUAAAAAAUUAAUCAAUAAAUUUAUCUGCAAAACUGU